UCAACUGUGGUAUGACUGAUAUAUUAUAAUAUCAAAAAAAAAACUUCGGAUUUUAUCAUUUAUUAAAGACUUUUUGACAAUAUUGUACAAGAACUUUGUGUAAAUUGAAAGUGUAUAAAUUAUUUAAAACAAUUUUUAUGUGAAAUCAAAAAAUAAUUUUUGAAAAAAAUUUGAGGGUUAAAUUUAUUUGUAGCUGAACUGUCAAAUGUGGGAGACAUUACGAAACGGUCGCGUGUUCAUUGACUGAUGGGAUUUGAUGACAAUGGCGGCUACUUACUUUCAAAUGUUAUCAUAUCUCGUAUAUAUUUUGCAAACAUAGUAUACAAUUAUCACGUGCUGUGUGGCAUAAACAUGUGCUCCAAAAUUUGUGUAGCCAAACCAUUUUUGGUUAAUUAUUUAUUUUAAUAAAUAUAUACUUUAGUGCAAUUUUUUUUUUGAUAUUUUUUAAGCAAAAUUGUUGAGUAUUCUUUUUUUGAGUGUGGUUUUUAAUGUAAUAUGCUAGUUGAAAAAAUGAAUACAACUACAAAUGGUAGUAAAACAGCCGCACGAUCAACAAAAACUUCACUUCCAAAUGUUAAAAUUGAACAUUUGAUUGCUGGAAUUUCUGGUGGUGUUACAUCCACAUUAAUUUUGCAUCCUUUAGAUUUAAUCAAAAUUCGUUUUGCUGUAAAUGAUGGACGAACCGCAGUUGUACCACAGUAUUCAGGGUUAACCAAUGCCUUUGUAACGAUAUUUCGACAAGAGGGUCUUCGUGGAUUCUAUCGAGGUGUUACACCAAAUGUUUGGGGUUCUGGUAGUGCUUGGGGAUUUUAUUUCUUAUUUUAUAAUUCCAUAAAAACAUGGAUACAAGGUGGGAAUACACGAAAACCAUUAGGUCCAACAAUGCACAUGAUUGCUGCUGCAGAAGCUGGUGUUUUGACAUUAUUUAUGACGAACCCAAUUUGGGUGGUUAAAACUCGUUUAUGUUUACAAUAUGAAUCGGUUGUGAAAAGUCCUCAAGCAUAUCGUGGCAUGACUGAUGCAUUUAUUAAAAUUUACAAACAUGAAGGUGUACGAGGUUUAUACAAGGGUUUUGUGCCAGGUAUGUUUGGAGUGACUCAUGGUGCUCUACAAUUUAUGACAUAUGAAGAAAUGAAAAAUUAUUAUAAUCAAUAUCGAAGAGCACCAAUCGACACUAAAUUGAGUACACAUGAAUAUUUAUUCUUUGCGGCAGUAUCAAAAUUAAUUGCCGCUGCCACAACUUACCCCUAUCAGGUAAUACGUGCCCGUUUACAAGAUCAACAUCACAGUUAUGAAGGCACAUGGGACUGUAUAGUGAAGACAUGGCGUUAUGAAAGAACAGCUGGAUUUUACAAAGGGCUGGUCCCAUAUUUAAUGCACGUCACACCCAAUAUAUGUUUAGUUAUGCUUAUUUAUGAAAAAUUUACUAACAAUAGUUAAUUUUAAAAAAGGCAAAACGAUUUUUUGAUGGGUUCUAUUUCUAUUAUUGUUUCUUUUUACUUAAUUUAUUUCUGGCAAUAUAUGCGAUGUAUGCCUCCUCUGUUGAUCAAAUUAUCGAACUAUAGUAAGUCGUCAUGGAAAUGAGAUUGUUCGUUCUUAAAUCUGUUCAAAAUAUACUGGUUAGCUCUGUUAUUUAAAAUUUAAAGUGAUCUGAAUAGACUUGACGUAA